GCUCCCAAUGAGUUCGUCUCCCUGGCAGAGAUGGAGGACUCCCUGCUGAAGAACCUCUUCCAGGGCUACCAGCGCUGGGUGAGGCCCAUCCAGCACGCCAACGAGACCAUCAGGGUCCGCUUCGGACUCAAGAUCUCGCAGCUGGUGGACGUGGAUGAGAAGAACCAGCUAAUGACCACUAAUGUCUGGCUGUGGCAGGAGUGGAUCGAUUACAAGCUGCGCUGGAAUCCGGACAAAUAUGGCGGCAUCACCAACAUCCGAGUACCCUCCGAGAACAUCUGGCUCCCCGACAUCGUCCUCUACGAGAAUGCCGACGGGCGCUUCGAAGGCUCCCUGAUGACCAAAGCCAUCGUCAAGUACAACGGCGUCAUCACCUGGACGCCGCCCGCCAGCUACAAGUCGGCGUGCACCAUGGACGUCACCUUCUUCCCCUUCGACCGGCAGAACUGCACCAUGAAGUUCGGCUCCUGGACCUACGACGGCCACAUGGUGGACCUGGUCCUGGUGGACGAGCAGGUGGACCGCAAGGACUUCUUCGACAACGGCGAGUGGGAGAUCCUCAACGCCACGGGGGCUCGGGGCGACCGGCGGGACGGCUUGUACUCCUACCCCUUCCUCACGUACUCCUUCAUCCUGAAGAGGCUGCCCUUGUUCUACACCCUCUUCCUCAUCAUCCCGUGCCUGGGUCUGUCCUUCCUGACCGUGCUGGUCUUCUACCUGCCCUCCGACGAGGGCGAGAAGCUCUCGCUCUCCACCUCCGUGCUGGUGUCGCUCACCGUCUUCCUGCUGGUCAUCGAGGAGAUCAUCCCCUCCUCCUCCAAGGUCAUCCCGCUCAUCGGCGAGUACCUGCUCUUCAUCAUGAUCUUCGUCACGCUGUCCAUCAUCGUCACCGUCUUCGUCAUCAACGUGCACCACCGCUCCUCCGCCACCUACCACCCCAUGUCGCCCUGGGUCCGCAGCCUCUUCCUGCAGAAGCUGCCGCGCUUGCUCUGCAUGCGGGGUCACACCGACCGCUACCACUACCCGGAGCUGGCCCCCGAGAGCCCCGAGGUGAAGGCCCGGGCCGGCGGCGCUCGCAGGGGAGGUCAGAGGUCGAGUGGCGGGCCUUCUGAGGGGAAGGAGGAGGAGGCCUGGGCCACCAUGUUGGAUAAGGCCAUCUACUCUGUGCGCUACAUCAGCAGACACAUACGCAAGGAACACUUCAUUCGAGAGGUGGUGCAAGACUGGAAGUUUGUGGCCCAGGUGUUGGACAGGAUCUUCCUGUGGGCCUUCCUCACUGUCUCCAUACUGGGAACCGUCCUCAUCUUCACCCCAGCUCUCUACAUGUUCCUCAAAGUCCCUCCACCCAUUGCAAGUGAGGAUCCGCCUUCAGACUCGCAGCUUUAGCUCCCGGACCGCCCACGUAUUAUUAGUCCGCAAAUCAUCAUCGAAGUCAUCCUUUUAAUAAUUCUAUGUAUUAUUAGUAUCCUUGCGCUCCCGAGAUAUAGAAGAACAUAAUCCUUUUACAAUGAACUCACAAUCCAACACAAACCGAGUGGACUAUAAACAACUUUAUACUUGAAGCUACAGUCCGAGUAAAUCUAGACAAAUAUGCACUGCUUUUACUCCUUUCAACAUUAUUCUGCCAUAUGCACGCCAUUAUCUACUUGACUUGAGUCUGUCUUAACCUCUAAAGGCUUAGUGGCCACAUACGUGGACAGCACCUUUUAGCUCUUAUGUCCAAAAUUGUGUACACUCCCGAAUUGGGGUCUUGUGGCCACUUAUGUGGACACUUAUACUGCCAUCUGGUGGUGUCAGAAGAGUAUAACAUACAAUGAAUUUGGAAGAAAAAAAAAAGUGUAAAAAUAAGAAUUAGCAUGUCACUAAACAUGAAGUACACGUUUGUGUACUUAUGGACUAAGUACAUCAUAUCAAAAGAUGAUUUUUAGUUUGUAUUCUAAUUAGGGUCCAAUAAGCCCAAAUAGCAAAGAGAAAUUUUAAAAAAGCAUGUAAACAAACAGCUUGGGCCUUAAGAGGUUAAAUGUGGGCGUUCCCUGUAAAAUAAGUACUU